AUGUAUAUAAUCAAGAACAAGUAUCCUAAUUCACUCGCUUUUAUACGCCUUGCUUCAGAUCCAGAUUUUGUUGGGCUCGUUGUUGCCGAUGUCAACGGUGACGGCAAAGUGCUGGAAGGCGACGCCGCUUGGUUGGCUGUAGCAGCUGGACUGCUCGGACUCACGGUGCUGGAUAGAGCUGAGGAAGAAGCGGCCACAGAAGUGGCAGCCGCAGGUGCAUCAGGGGUGUCCGCGGCACCUGAAUCACCACCCGACGCCGCCUCGUUCGCACUUUGCGAAGGCCGCGUCGUCCGUCCAGUCCAUAUGGCAAUCACUGAUAGCGCCGCCCGGGCUGCAAUUACAACUGAGGCUAUCGGCCGCCUUGACAAACUCCUGCCCGAAUGA